AUGUCGGACCCUUCAUUCUAUCCUCAAAUGGAGGGCAAAAUGGAUAUCGACUCCGGCCGCACACCUGAACCCCAUCACCUUUCUUUAACCAGCGAUCCCGAGUCUAUACCGACCCUCGACGGAUGGAUUACGAACCUAAUGGGUUGUAAGCAGCUGGCGGAAAGCGACGUACAAAGGCUUUGUGAAAGGGCUCGGGAGGUUUUACAAGCCGAGUCAAAUGUUCAGCCCGUGAAAUGCCCUGUUACAGUAUGCGGAGACAUUCACGGUCAAUUUCACGACCUCAUGGAGCUCUUUCGAAUUGGUGGCCCCAACCCUGACACGAAUUAUCUCUUUAUGGGCGACUACGUCGAUCGCGGAUACUAUUCUGUUGAAACAGUUACCCUUCUUGUUGCUCUUAAAAUUCGCUACCCUCAACGAAUCACGAUCCUCCGUGGAAACCACGAGUCUCGUCAGAUAACUCAGGUAUACGGAUUUUAUGAUGAGUGUUUGCGGAAGUACGGCAAUGCGAAUGUUUGGAAGUACUUCACAGAUCUCUUCGAUUUCCUCCCUCUUACUGCCCUGAUCGACAAUCAGAUUUUCUGUCUGCAUGGUGGGCUCAGUCCGUCCAUUGACACACUUGACAACAUACGUUCAUUAGACCGUAUACAGGAGGUCCCACAUGAAGGGCCGAUGUGCGAUUUGCUAUGGAGCGACCCUGACGAUAGAUGUGGCUGGGGUAUCUCGCCUCGGGGUGCUGGUUAUACCUUCGGCCAGGAUAUUUCAGAGGCUUUUAACCAUAAUAAUGGACUGACCCUUGUUGCGAGGGCACAUCAGUUAGUUAUGGAGGGCUAUAACUGGUCUCAAGAUAGGAAUGUGGUGACCAUUUUCUCUGCUCCCAACUACUGCUAUAGGUGUGGCAACCAGGCAGCGAUUAUGGAAAUUGACGAACACCUAAAAUAUACUUUCCUCCAAUUCGACCCUUGUCCGCGAGCUGGGGAACCUAUGGUGUCUCGACGUACUCCUGAUUACUUCCUCUGA